GUCCCAUCCCUAGCACAGGGUGUUCACAGAGCUACGGCUGUUAAAAAAACAUUUUUUUUCGGUCCAGUCAAAAUUUGCCAUUAAAAUUUGCGCCGAUUGCAGCGGGAUCAGGAGCUCCCUUACAUUGGGCCUCCCUUUGGGCAACCCGGAACGAAACCCAUGGAGAGCGAGAAGAUUCUGAUGGCCGCCGGAGUGACGGUGGCCGCCGUGGUGGGAGCCUUUGUAUUUUGGGGUCCUUCAGGCUCUAGACUCCGCCAGCGACGCGGCCAAAUCGCCGGGCUGCACAACUUCGGACGCACCUGUUUCCUGAACACGCUGCUCCAGGCGAUGGCCGCCUGUCCGCAGUUCAUCGCCUGGCUGCAGCUGUACAAUAAUGCCUCUCCCGAUCGCAAGAGCCUCAUCACCUCGAUGCUAAACACUCUGGAGGUGGUCAACGGCACCCAUGCCACGCUGCGCGGCGAUCCGCAUUCCCCGGGCGCCGUUCUGCGUGCCCUGAAUUCCCUGGGUUGGGUCAUUCCCCAGGAGGAGCACGAUGCCCACGAGCUGUUCCACGUUCUGUUGUCCUCGCUGGAGGAGGAGGCCAUACGGCCGCAUCCCCUGGGCUGCCUGUCGGAUGCUUUGCCAGCGGAUAGUGCAGACGAUGCGAUCAGCUUUGCGGGCACAGCCACUCCGGUCGGUGGCUUCCGACCGAUUAGCUCCAUGGCGGCGCCGCGGAUUGGGGAUCAGCCGAACAGACCCUCGAGCGCCAUGCUCACCGAUUUCCUGAACAUGGAGUACGAUGAGAGUACCAGUUUGCAGCGCCUGGUGCGUUCCGAGGCCCACACACCGGAUUCGCCCGCCUCCGUUUGCGAACGCGAGGGCAACGAUCGUCUGGGCUCCCUGCUGCUGGACGCCGUUUCGCCGGGCACGCCGUUCGGCUUUCCACUGGCCAGCGAACUGGAGUCUUCGCUGGGCGGCGAGCGGCUGUCGCGUCCGCGGCAGCAGCAGCAGGCGGAGGAGCAGGGCCUCAAUCGCCGGGUCUCCAGCUCGUGUCGCUCGCUGGAGCGACUGCAUCGCGGACCCGGCCGCGUGUCCAUCUGGUCCAACAUGAUGCCCAGCCAGGUGGCGCAUCCGUUUCAGGGCGCCAUGGGCGCCCAGAUCGUCUGUAAUGGCUGCGGCUCCAAGUCGGCGGUGCGUUAUGAUAAGUUCGAUAGCAUCACCCUCAAUUUGCCGCCGCAGCGGAGGACUGGUUUGAGUUUGGGCCACCUGCUGAGCGACUACAUCACGUCGGAGGAUCUGAGCGACGUCAAGUGCGACUCCUGCAACGAGACGACCACGCACACCAAGUCGGUUACGUUUGCCAAGCUGCCCGCCUGCCUGUGCAUCCAUGUGGCGCGGACCGUGUGGCUGCCCACGGGGCAGGUGUGCAAGCGACAGGACUACGUCCACUUCCCCGAGAGCCUCUCCAUGGCGCCCUACAGCUUCGUUCAGCCGCACCUCAACAGCCAGGCUGGCACUCCCUGGGGCUCGACGAUGUCGCUGUACUCCUCCAGCCUGCCGAUGAACAAUGGCGUGGGUGGCGGCGAGGGCUUCGGCACGAUGUUCCCCAAGAAUCUGUACCGCCUGCUGGCCGUGGUGGUGCACUCGGGCGAGGCGAACAGCGGUCACUUUGUGACCUACAGGCGGGGCUCCUUGCGGAAUGCACAUCGGUGGUUCUACACAUCCGAUACGAUUGUGCGGGAGGUGAGCAUCGAUGAGGUGCUGAGCGUUCCCGCCUAUUUGCUUUUCUACGAUCGCGGCCAGCAAAGACAGCUCAACCUACGCUAGUCGGCUAGUCAGCCAAAGAGCUCUCGCAUCUUGGGAUCAUCGGGAUCGUCAUCCUAGUCAACACUUGAUGUGAUGGAAAUCCAAAUCCAAAAAUCCUUAUUGUCGAACGGUGGCCAUAGCGAACACGCGUCACAUUUAUAUAUAGAUAUAUAUAUAUAUAACUUAUUAUAUAUGUACGGGAACCCACGAUCUGAUCUAUACUCGACGGGGUUAUGUAAUGGUCUCUGCAUAAUGCAUAAUGCAUAUUUUCAGCAUAUUGCCAUUUGAAAUCUGCAUCACCCUCACGUCGCAGAGAACUCGACUCUUCAUUUGUUAUCGAUGCAUUUAAGAUUUUUUAAGAAUUCCAAAUUCAUACUGUGCUUUUAGCUGUCUGUAUUUAGCAAUAUACACACAUAAACUACCAGUAAUUGUUUGCGCGUUAUUUCUGUAGGUUAGAUGUUCAAUAAAAAUUUGGAAACUA